CUGUGAGGCAUGUUAGCUGGGAAAUCUCAUAUCUUCUUUCUCUCAUCAGUGUGUGGUCGAGCCCCUCUCAGUGACAGGAUUGUUGGAGGCAAGAAUGCGACGGCAGGGUCUUGGCCGUGGCAAGUCAGCAUUCAUGUCAUCGGCUUUGGCCAUAACUGCGGCGGGACUCUGAUCACCAAAGACUGGGUUUUAUCUGCAGCUCACUGCUUUCAGAAUUUUGGUGUGUCUGACACACUGAUGUACUUCGGGCGUCUGAACCAAUCCGGCUCAAACCCUAAAGAGACAUCCAGGACAGCGAGUCGAAUCAUCAGACAUCCUAACUAUAACAGUUCUACUUUUGACAGUGACAUAGCGCUGAUCCAGCUCUCCUCUUCUGUGAAUUUCUCUGAUUACAUUAAGCCGGUCUGUCUGGCGGCGGCUGGAAGUGUAUUUUCUGCAGGUACAGAGAGUUGGGUCACUGGAUGGGGCAGGCUACAAUAUGGAGGCCAGAUUCCUGAUACACUGCAGGAGGUGAUGAUACCCAUUGUGAACAACACUGACUGUGAUAAUGCUUAUGAAGGGAUCAACAUAAGCAUCACAAGCAAUAUGAUUUGUGCUGGAUUGUUAAAUCAGGGAGGAAAAGGUUCAUGUCAGGGAGACUCUGGAGGUCCAAUGGUCAGUAAGAAAGACUCUCUGUGGAUUCAAUCCGGCAUUGUGAGUUUUGGUAAAGGAUGUGCUCAACCCAAAUAUCCCGUUGUGUACUCCAGAGUCUCUCAGUACCAGAACUGGAUCAAGUCUUACAUGAGCAGCAACCCACCUGGAUUUGUUGAAUUCAACACUGAAAAGCCUACAUCCAACUCCAACUUCAGAAGUGUACCCAACCUCCUCUUAUUUUGCCUUUCUCUCACAUUUUCCAUUAUUCACCUUCUCCCUCUUUCUCUCUUCCUAAAGAUUGAUUGAACAGAAACUCUCAGGGUUCUUUGAUGAAAUGAUGAAGUGUACUGUGUAUGCUCUCAUAAUAUGAGAAAUGUGAAAAAUUAGCAGUUUAAUUGUUAUCAUUUUUACUGUCUGAGAUUCAGGUUGUUUGCAUAAACAGUAAAGAUAGACAGCUAUUGAUUUUAGGCGCUCUGAACCAUGCCUGAGCACGUUUGACCUCAAAGCCCGGUUCGUUUGACUAGUGUGAUCGCUCCAAACUGUGCUCUGACGCCGUUCGUUUAGCCGGCCCAGGUCUCUUCUUGUGGGUUGCCACCAUCGAUGAUACCCGUUCAGUGGGCUCUGAGACAAAGAACUCCCAUAUGGACCAUUCUUUGUAAUUCUGCUUCAACCCUACCCUGCAUGGCUGCUGGGAUUUUGCGUACAGGUUUUACAACUGUUGGUCUCCAGUUUCAUUGAAUAUGUUACUAGAAGUUUUCUAAUCUCGUCCUUGAAAAGGUCUGGAUAUUCAGAAUAAAUUUGGCAUGCAAAGCUUGAAACUUCAUCUUUUGUGAUGAAUUUCUUUAUUGAACAAAACAGACAGUUUCAUUUGUAAACAUUCUGGUAGACCUAUCAAUGGUUGUACAUUUCUUUUUACCACGUAGAAUGAGAGGUUAUAUGCUCUUUCUGACGAGUGGCAGGUGAAAGUAGUAAAGCCUGCUGAGGGUAUCUCCUCACCUCCAUAGGCUAUGAGCCUGGUGUUCUUCGAUAAGUUUAAUUCCACUCCAUUUUUUAUUUUCGUGAACAAAGCUUCAGAAAUGUUGCCAUCAAACACUAAUGGUUCAGGUCUUCGGAAGCCUUCUGCCAUUUCUAACAAGGUAAGCGAAACUUUCUCCUUUCAAGUGUUUUUGAUGAAACUUGACUUUCUUUAAAGGCCUUUCUCCUUUCCACGAACCAUCUUCUGACACCAUGAUGAACGAUGGACACAUAAUCAGUUAUGAAUGACAUUAAUACUUUACUGGAGAACUGUAUGUAGUUUCAGACGAUCAACUAUCGUACACAUUCGGGGCUGAUACUGAGACAUAACUAAGGAUACCUGUGAGGUAAAUGUGAUUAAGUUAUAGCUAAGAACAUAUAAUCAAUGUUCUACAAUUAGAAAAAAGAAAGAAAGAAAGAUAUAUUUGAAGAAAGAAAGAAAUAUUAUAAGAAA